AUGCGUCGGACGCCCACUCUGCGUUGGACGUUUUCAAACAACACGGGGCAGUACAGCCCACCUGUGUACAUGCCGUUGGAGUACGCUAGUCGCGUGACAAAUCAGAAGCAGCUAGUGUUUACUCACCCAAGAGACCCAAAAUAUGGGUGGAACACACAUGUAGAGGAGUUAGCCUCGCUUCACCCUGGUAUUUUCGGUCGUGGCCGUCGCACUCCGCAGUUGAAUUGGUACAACCGUGGUGGGAUCGUGUGUGAAAUUCCUCCUGUCCCUGUUUAUCGCUCGCAUAUAUGGUGCCAGGGUCACUCGCAUUUUAUUUUGCAACAUCCGAAGAUUUUUAUUAAAUGCCCUCCCGGUGAGGUGGUGUGUUGCAAGUGGUGCCGUCUAAAGUUUAUUAACAUGGCAACAGAAGACGACAAUGACGAGGACUGGCAGGAGGAGGAGCACAAAAUAGCAACAACACCGGAGUCUCCAUCAGAUUUGAUGCAGCCGAUCCGUGAUAUUGGAGGCGUUCUACGUGAGUGCCCGUUCCAGGAUGGUAAGGACCCGGACCCCUACGUAUACCGCGCUGUGUUUGAUCCCGAGCGAUAUCGGUGGAAACACCCCCAUCACAAGUAUGAAACGCACCCUGCGUAUGCUGAUUCCAAGGGUACAGGUGAAGGCGGUGCAGCGCACUAG